AUCCCGAUGGAGCACGGCGUCGACUGCGGAGCGGCAGCCGGGACGGAGGGGGCUACGCGGGCCCCCCCGCUCCCCGGGAAGAUGGCCGAACCGGGCGCGGUGCGGACCUCGCCGCCCAACCACCGGCCUUCAGGCAUGGAUGGAUUUUUGAAAUCUGAUGAGAGACAACGACUAGCUAAAGAAAGACGAGAAGAAAGAGAAAAAUGUCUUGCUGCCCGGGAGCAGCAGAUCCUGGAGAAACAGAAGAGAGCCAAGCUCCAGUACGAAAAGCAAAUUGAGGAGAGGUGGCGGAAGCUGGAAGAGCAGCGGCAGCGAGAGGCGCAGAAGAGGGCCGCCGUGGAGGAGAAGAGGAAGCAGAAGCUCCGGGAGGAGGAGGAGCGGCUGGAGGCGAUGAUGCGCAGGUCCCUGGAGCGCACACAGCAGCUGGAGCUGAAGAAGAAGUGCUCGUGGGGAGCAUCACUGGCCGCGGGGCCCGGAGGACGCGAUGGUGAAUCAGGAAAUACCCCACCCCCUCCUCUAGGUUUAGCAGCCAGCACCCUCCCUCCGGACCCAGGGACCGCUGCCGCCACUGCUGAGUCCUCCAACGCAUGUGACAAACUUUCAACAUCAACCAUGAAUUUGCCAAAGCAGACGGAGCCUCCCAUGAGUAAGCGCCUGUCUUCAUCCACUGCGACAAUGUCCUAUUCCCCAGACCGAGCUCAUCGCACGCACCUUAGUCCCAUGGAAACCUUUCUUGUUAUGCGACUGUUGACACCCACACAGGCUUCUUUAGCCAGAAGCAGAAGUGCACUCAUGCUCUCUGAGCAGGCCAGUCACUCAGUAUCCCAUGCCUGUCCUCGUGUAGCUCCUGCUGGCCCCCUUAAAUCUUCCUACAAGUCUUCUCCCACUCGAAAUGCCGAGAAGAAGAAGACGACAUCUACAUCUGGCGUAGGAGAUGCUGGGAAAGGAGCCCCUGCAGGAGCGGAGGCCUCUCCGACGGAGAAGAUGAAGAGGGGGCCAAGAACAACAACUUCCGUUCCCAGCGUGGGCCUCAUGUCCCCUCUGAGAAGAUGCGAUUUUCCAGCAGGCGUUUCUAAGAGGUCGUCUUCUCCUGUGACACCCAAGGCAACUUCAAAAGCAUAUCCGCAGUCUCCAAAGAACGUGAAGCCGCCAUACCCAGGGUCUCCGGUGAAGUACCGCCUCCCCGCCUUUUCCGGCCAGGAAACACCCAAGAAGAAAGCAGAGAAAGAGAAGAGCAACAAGGAAAGGGAGGGCGCCCUGGCUCAGCAGGCAGCCGGCCCACCUGGGGAAGAGGCCCCAGAGAAGCACGUGGCAGACAGGCAUGCCACCGAGAAGCAUGAGGCCGCGGCAGGGAAGGCCGAGGGCGGUGGAGCCUCGUGGAAGCCCACAGCGGGCACCACUGAUGCAGGAGAGGCCACAAAGAUGCUGGCCGAAAAGAGACGACAGGCCCGGCUGCAGAAGGAACAGGAGCAGCAAGAACGUCUGGAGAAGGAAGAGCAAGACAGGCUGGAGAGAGAGGAAUUGCAAAGAAAGGCAGAGGGGGAAAGACUUCGCCUAGAAGAAGCAGCCCGUAAGCAGGAAGAGGAAAAGAAGCGGCAGGAGGAAGAAGAGAAAAGGAAGGCGGCAGAGGAGGCCAAGCGGAGGGCCAAGGAGGAGCUGCUGUUGAAAGAAGAGCAAGAAAAGGAAAAGCAAGAAAAAGAAAAGCAGGAAAAGGCCAUGAUUGAAAAGCAGAAGGAAGCAGCAGAAGCAAAGGCCCAGGAGGCAGCUAAACAGAUGCGUCUAGAAAGAGAGCAGAUCAUGCUGCAGAUUGAACAGGAGCGACUGGAGAGGAAGAAGAGAAUAGAUGAAAUUAUGAAGAGAACAAGGAAGAGUGAUGUGUCUCUGGAAGUGAAGAAAGAAGACCCGAAAGUGGAGCUUCAGCCUGCUGUGUGUGUGGAAAAUAAGACAAAACCAGUCGUCCCCAACAAAAUAGAAAUCAAUGGCUUGAACACCUGCCAGGAAGUUAAUGGUGUGGAACGUGCUGCCCCAGAGACUUUCCCUCAAGAUGUUUUCGCUAAUGGACUUAAACCAGUUGGGGGACUUGUUCACCUGGACGCCCUUGAUGGGAAAUCAAACAGUCUGGAUGAUUCAACCGAAGAAGUUCAGUCUAUGGAUGUGAGUCCUGUUUCAAAAGAAGAGCUUAUCUCUAUCCCAGAAUUUUCACCAGUGAGUGAAAUGAUUCCUGGGGUAUCUCUGGACCAAAAUGGAACUGGUAAUGCCCGAGCACUUCAAGAUCUCUUAGAUUUCACUGGCCCCCCCAUUUUCCCCAAGAGAUCCAGUGAAAAUCUCAGCCUGGAUGACUGUAACAAAAACCUGAUCGAAGGAUUUAACAGUCCUGGCCAAGAAAAUACUCUGAACACCUUCUGUUGACAAAUACAACAUCUCUUUAAUGAAAGGUGGCGUUUGGAGAACCCAUGAAGCUGCUGGUAGUCAAAUCUGAGCUGCCGGCCCUCUGAAGAAGCUUCUGUCGUCCUUAACCGCUGGAUUCCAAACUAUUAAAUCAAAAUGUAACUGUAUUCCUACUUAGUAUGUCAAACGCUGGCCACUCUCAGUAGAUCCUUGAGACGUUGGCCUUGUCGGGCUUUAGCAGAGUUCCAUGUUACAUUUCUAUUUAUGAGCUUCAGCUGCUGAUAAAGCACUUCCUGUACUCUUAUUAUCAUAGUGAUCCUCUGAAUAACCCGUGUGAUUUCGGCUUGGAAAGUCACCUUAUAACCAUUCUUAUCCCCAGACUUGGAGCAUAUAAACAUUUAGAUGUCUUUUCUUGUAAAUAUUCUAGACAUUUACCCAGACUCUACUUAAACAUAUACUGAAAACUUGGGUUGCAUAUCUCCCUGUCUGUGUUUAGAAGGAGAAGAAAUUCUGGAACAUUUCCCCCAUCUCUGGGGUUUCUUUGUUGGAAGUUACUAUCAAGAAGCCGUGUUUUAUUAUUAAACUUAGUCACCUGCAAAAUAUGUUGCCUCCCAUUGCUCCUUGGGCGGCUAGUGGAGUGAGUCUGGCUGAGCAAGGGAGCCAUUGAACAGCGUGGAAGGCCGUCUGCUCCCUUAGGCAUAUUCCUCCAGACUUGGGCAUCUGAAUCUCCAAGGACCUUUUCAUGUUGUACCUGAAAUCCUCCAAGCUGUAGUCACUCCAGACCCUCAAGUGGCUUCUGGACUGAAUGAAUCGUGCACCUCCUGCCCAGGUGGUUGCUUUUCAUGUUGUAGCUGUUAUUUUUCUCUUGGGUCUUGGGGCUUUUGUUUGUUUGUUUACUCAACUCUAAUAAAACCAGGUACAAAUGAAAAGCAUAGUGCUCUGAGACAGGGGCCCCUGAACUGGACCUAAUAUGUCACUUUAACAGGCUUGAACAUAAAAACAUCUGGGCGGGGGACAAAUGACGGUAGAAUGUAUACUUUACACGUUUUGUGCCAUAUAAUAAUGUGUUUUCUUCAUUUCUUGUGGUGAAAUGUGACUUUCAGAUUAAAAUAACCUUUUCUUCUUUGAAACCUUUUUUUUUUGUCUUGUACAAUAAAGAGUUUGGAAAGAUCCAUAAUUCUGACUGAGGUUUGCAACCAGGAGAUACAAAAAAGUCUCCAUAGUAAUCUUGUUCAUGUGCUCUUAAAACCAGCUACAGUGUAAGACUGUAUUAGGUAUGGAAACUGUGUACGUUUGUGUAUGUGUAUAUACUAAAUAAAAUACAUGCCUCCAAUAAUACAGUGCCAUAGAUCUUGAUGAAUAUCGGGGGAAAAUCCCUUUUAUGACAAGCACAUAGAAAAUGAUAGCAUGGUCUGACUUUCCAAAAAACGCCUUGCCAUCUUUCUUAUAGCCCUGUUUUGCUAAAUGUCUGUUUUCUUGCAAUCUGUUGUACCUCACAGCACCAUUGUGAUCCUGGUGAUGCCUCAUUUGCACGAUGUGUACCUUGUGUUACCGUGAAAUACAUUUUCAUUGAAGAGUC